ACUGUUCUCCACGGGGAAAAGAACACUCCCAGCAGCGGGGUCCCCGCGCGGCGAUGCACCGGGGUGCGUGCGGGUACAGCCGAGGCAGCGCUCGGUACGAACAUAGGCCAGGUGACUUGGCGGGAGCGGCGGAGCUCUUGCUAAAAGACCGACGCAAAGCGGGGGCGAGGGCGCUGGUGUAGCCGGCUGGAGCGGGGCAGCUUGCGGGCGGCGUGGGGGACCGCGGCUGAGCCAGGAGGACGACGGUGGGUGUCAGCCUCUGGCAAGCUGUGCAGAACUGAAGGGGGUUGUGCCGGAGACUGCCCGCGAGCUGGGAGCCGCUUGCCUCUGUGCACAGCUGGCAGGAACGUGCCGGGGGGCAUCGUCAUGUUGCCUGGAGAUGCCAAAAGGCAGCGGCCAGGUGACUCUGGUGACCCUCCAAACUGUCGGACUCGAGUGGUUUUUAACAGCAGUACUCUGAAAACAGUACGAAGGGGCAAAGAAAACUGUCUGCGUCCCCUUCAAUCUAUCAGGCUUUUUUGGUUUUUUUUUGAGGAUAGUUUUGAAUCCUAUACUUUAUUGUGGGAAUUUUUUUUUGUUCUCCACUUACAUUAAUGAGAGUGGCAAUUUCUGUGUGCAACAGAGUGAGGAAAGCCAAAAAUGGGAGAACCUAGAGCCCCGCCAGCUGCAAGUCCGCAUUUCCUUGCUUCUCCCGUCGCCGCUUCCUUCCCUGGCGCCGGCUCCCUUCCACUUCCCCGCACCGGGACCACGGGACCGGGCAAGGGCCCCUUGCUCCAGGAAGGACGCCGGAGGCUCGGAGCGGAGCCGGCAAUCUUCUCUCUUUGCUUUUUCCCUAUAACGCCUUUGCAGCGCUUUUUAAAGACCUGUGCCCAGGUCGCAGGGGUCUCUCCGGGUCAUCCGUCUUGCUGGUGGAAAGUGAGCUGCUGCCUUUGGCGGCUGCUCUGCUGCCGUGCUUGCCAUCCCCCCUACGGGGCGGAGAGUACAGGCAUCUACCAAGGGAUGCCGCCCAGCGGCCGGCAGUGGUUGUGGGGGGAGGCAGCAGCAGCGGGUACAGAACAAAAAAAAAAAAAAAAAAAAAAAAAAAAAAAAAAAAAAAAAAAAAAAAAAAGAUCUCCGGGCGGGGGGAGAACCGGGGGCAGGUUGCAGCUGGAGCAGCUGGCCGCAACCCAGCGCCCUUCGUUCAGACAGCGAGGCGAAACCCGCGCAUGAAUAACAACACCCCGUCGGGUGGAAAGUUCCAGCCGCCUGUGGGGUGCAGGAGCUCGGCACCUCCCGGACCCGUGCCAGGGCUGCGAGCGGGGAUGCGCGCCGGUGGGAGGCCGUGGUAGUCCUCGCCGCGCCUUCCCGCGCCCCCCGGCAGGAGGGCCCCGGCUGCAUCCUUUCACCUUGGGCUUCCUGCAUGCACCAGCGCUCCUGGUGUGCCCCCGGGACGCCCGCAAGGAAGCGACUGAGCCAUUAAAUCCCGGGUACACAAUGUUCCCAAAUGACCGUGUACAGUAAAAAUCUGCACAGCGGGGCUGCUUUCCUUCUUUUACACCCCACCUUUUCUAGAAGCAGAUUUCUGCUUUCCUCCAAGUUCAGAGAACGGAUUAUUUUUCCCCCGUUGUUUCCCUUUUUGGCAUUAAAAAAUACUUUUUUUUUCUUUUUUUUCUUUUUUUUUUCCAUGUUAGUGAUGUCCCGUCCAGGAUCAGGGCAGUGCACAGAAGGGAGAUUUGUGUUAUUGAAAACCGGGCAGGAAAUUUUGUUCUUCUGAGUCACUACGGCUCCUUCAGGGAAACGUCAGCGUCCCUUAUCACCGCUCACCCGGUGCGGCGGGACCGAGAGAGGACGCAGGCUGCGGGGUGGCGGUGGGGACACCCACACUUUCGGAAGAGGUGGUCGUCCUAAAGACAGAGCCAGAUUUCAACUUUAUAUAACCGUAAAAUAAGUAGGGCCGGAUCAAAAAAGAGGGGGAGGGAGAGAGAGAGAGAGAGCCGGGGUUACGGGAGUUUGCUGUCUAGGGGGAGAAAAAAACCCAGGGAUUUGAUGCGUUUGCCUUUGGAUGCUCGGCAUCCUGAGGCAACGUGCUGCGGGGGUACUUGUGUGGGGGCUCCCCCGAGGGUUGCGCCCAACGUAGGGCGGUGGUAAAGUCACCGACGAUUCCCUACCCCUCCCACCCUCGUCGUUCCCCAAGGCGGCCACCGGCCGCCCCCCAAAGGACGUCGAGGGGGAUGCGAUCGUCGCCGCCCCGCCCCAGUCCCGCCCAUCGCCGCCGCCACUUAAACGCCGCCGGGUGCUUCCCCAAGUCAGUGCGGUGCUGGGAGCUGGUGGCACGGUGCGCUUGCUAUUUAGCCCCCUCUCGCUUCAAAAUGACCGUGAAAGCAGCUGAAGCGUCUGGUCCUACCUUGACUUACUCGAAGAUGAGGGGGAUGGUGGCCAUCCUCAUCGCUUUCAUGAAGCAGAGAAGAAUGGGACUAAACGACUUCAUUCAGAAGAUAGCCACCAACUCCUAUGCAUGCAAGCACCCUGAAGUUCAGUCUAUCUUGAAAAUCUCUCAGCCUCAAGAGCCUGAACUUAUGAAUGCUAAUCCUUCUCCUCCACCCAGUCCUUCACAGCAGAUUAAUCUUGGUCCAUCAUCCAACCCACAUGCCAAACCAUCAGACUUUCAUUUCUUAAAAGUGAUUGGAAAAGGCAGUUUUGGGAAGGUCCUUCUUGCACGGCAUAAGGCAGAAGAGCAGUUCUAUGCUGUUAAAGUCCUGCAGAAAAAAGCAAUCCUGAAGAAGAAGGAGGAGAAGCACAUUAUGUCAGAGCGCAAUGUCUUGCUGAAAAAUGUGAAACACCCCUUCCUGGUCGGGCUUCACUUCUCCUUCCAAACUGCAGACAAAUUGUAUUUUGUCCUGGACUAUAUCAAUGGUGGAGAGUUGUUCUACCAUCUCCAGAGGGAGCGUUGCUUCCUGGAGCCAAGAGCCCGAUUUUAUGCUGCUGAAAUUGCCAGUGCACUGGGCUAUCUGCACUCCCUGAACAUUGUUUAUCGAGACUUGAAGCCAGAGAACAUCCUGCUUGAUUCACAGGGGCACAUUGUCUUGACUGACUUUGGACUCUGCAAAGAAAACAUAGAGCACAAUGGCACGACCUCCACCUUCUGUGGCACACCAGAGUAUCUUGCUCCUGAAGUUCUCCAUAAACAACCCUAUGACCGGACUGUGGACUGGUGGUGCCUUGGAGCAGUCCUGUAUGAGAUGCUUUAUGGCUUGCCACCCUUCUACAGCAGGAACACUGCAGAAAUGUACGACAAUAUCUUGAACAAACCCUUGCAACUGAAGCCAAAUAUUACCAACUCAGCCAGGCAUCUCCUGGAAGGCCUCUUGCAGAAGGACAGGACAAAGAGACUUGGUGCCAAGGAGGACUUUAUGGAGAUUAAGAAUCACAUCUUCUUCUCCCCAAUUAACUGGGAUGAUCUCAUUAAUAAGAAGAUUACACCCCCUUUUAACCCAAAUGUGAGUGGCCCCAGUGACCUGCGACACUUUGAUCCGGAGUUUACAGAUGAGCCAGUCCCUAACUCCAUUGGCCAGUCCCCAGACAGCAUCCUCAUCACCGCCAGCGUCAAAGAAGCCGCUGAGGCUUUUUUGGGCUUCUCAUAUGCCCCACCCGUGGACUCUUUCUUGUGAACAUUUUUCGUUUUUAAUAAUAAUAACAACUAUUAUUUUUAUUUUUUUGUUUGGCCUUCUGGUGGAACUGCCAGUUGACCAGUCACCUUGAAAGAGAAUUUGCACAUUUCCACCAUGGCAGCUUUGCAGCCUUAAUUUCAACUACACUGUUUGCUGGAAGCUUUUUUGAAGAGCACAUCACUCUCUAAAUGAGCUUUACAGGCUUUUCAUUUCCAUUUGUUCUUCCCCCAAAGUGGUGCUGUCUCCUUGGGAAAGGAAAAACAGAGUGACUGCUGCCAUUGACUGCUAUGGCAGAUUGUAGGAGUAAGAACAAGCGGUUUUGUAAUCGUGCUCGAAAAGCCUUGCCUGAAGAUCUAUCUGAACGUGAUAAGGAUUUUAUGAAAUGUGCCUUUUUUUCUGAUGAGAUCUUGUGAGCUCCAAAGCUUUCCCUGUUGCAGAGUGUGUUUCUCAGUUCAUUUAUGUGGGUUUACUAUGUGAACAAAUGGUAUGCGUGUGGUCUGCGUACUACAGAUGGACUUAGUUUAAAGCAUCAGUGUGACACUUGCAGGAUACCACAAUGUGGGGCAUUGUUUGUUUCUUCCAUAUUUGGAAGAUAAAUUAAAUGUAAUUUUGAAAUUUCUUUUUUAAAUCUAUACUGUCAACUAAAAUUAUUGAAAUGGGCUCACAAUUACUUGUAUCCAAAUGCUUGAAGAAAGCAUUGCUGCUAUGAAAAAAGAUUUCUAUUUUUAGAAAGGGUUUUUAUGGACCAAAAUGCCCCAGCUGCAGUCAGUCAAAGCUGUUGGUUUCUUUUUUUUUUUUUUUUUUUUUUUCCUCUCUUUUGGUUUGGAAGAUCAUCUGUAAAAUGGGCAUUAUUUAUGGUCUUGGGGUUUGAGGGAUUUUCAUUCCUGAUUGUAUGUAUUGUAAAAAAGAUCUGUACAUUCACUUGUAACUCUAGAUGUAUAUUUAAACUUACAGACUUACUUGUAAUGUAUACCAUCAUUGUAAUGUAAUAUAAUUAACAUGGUUAUAUGUAUCAUAUUUUUUGUGACCAAGCCCAUAGGUUUGCAGUAAAAUCCUGAAAAAUA